ACAAGUUUCUUAAAGCUUCUUUUAACUUCUAAUAACAAAAUGGCUAAGCGUAAUUUCAAGCUUAAGCUCUCUCGUGUCGUCCCUUCAUUUCAAAUCUGUCGAUCUAAAAACUCUUCUGAUAAUCCAAUCCCAUCAAUCCACCGUGUAUCACCUCUCAACCGGAAAGUUCUUGAUUUCAAUUACCCUAAAUUCCCUGACCAACCACCGUCAACCCCAGAUUGCAAACGCCGUAUCUCGCCGAAGAAAACAUCCGUCGGCUGCAGGUUCGAGUCAAGAUCACUCGCAGAUUAUCUAACUGAUUAUAGCUUGGAAUCCUUGGAUUUUUCACGGGAGAAAGAUGCUUAUGUGCGGGCUGCUAGAGUUCAACGGUUUAUGCAGAGUUUAUCAUUUUCCGAUGAGAGUAUUGGGAAUAUCUCACCGGUUAAAGUUACUGCAGACCAGAAGAACAAGUGCAACGAACGAAAGAAAGUUUCUAAUAAAGAUGACAUUAGUAUUUCAUCGGAAAAUGGUGGCUGCAGCUUCAGCAACGAGAAUGAAGAAAAUGAAGUGGAAACUGAAACCCUACUCUUUUCUUCAACAAGCUUCUCAUAUGAUUCUUCAUAUGACUUCUGUUAUCCAUCUAUGGACCGGAUAACCAAGAAAACGGACAACAGAAACAAGAAAACAAGUAAAAUGAAAAUUCAGAAACUCAAUCGCCUGGCUUCCAAGAACUGGAAGUCUUCUCCGGAGAUUACAUCUCCGAUGAGGGCAUCGGUUCUGCGGCGGAUGGUGUCGUGCACGGCUGAUGGGAAGGUGAAGGAGAGCGUGGCAGUGGUGAAGAAAUCAGAGGAUCCUUACCAGGAUUUUAAAAGGUCGAUGCUAGAGAUGAUAUUGGAGAAGCAGAUGUUUGAGGAAAAGGAUUUAGAAGAACUUUUGCAGUGUUUCUUGUCCUUGAAUUCCAGGCAAUAUCAUGGAGUUAUUGUAGAAGCCUUCUCGGAGAUUUGGGAGAUCUUGUUCUGUGAUUCUUCUCCAAAGAAUUGAAAUUCCAUGAAAAUUUCUCGACUUAAAGCUUGAAGAAGGUCAAACCGAAAAAAAAUUAAAAAAUAAAAAAAAAAAUCUUUUUUUCUUUUUUUUUUUGUGAAUGUUAGAGUUAUUACAUAAAUAUGAAAGCUUAAUAAUAUUGGUGUAAUAUUAAUAGUUAUCCGCUUUUUUAUGUAAAUAUAUAAUUGAUAAAGGUAAAAAGUA